AGAGAGGGUAGAUAAAAGAAAGAGGUGAGACAAAGGGGGUAAGGAUAACUAGUGAGGUGGAAAACAGGGAGAGUGUGAGAAGAAAGGCUGAGUGGGUAUAUAACAAACAUAAGGGGAAUCAGAGUCACCAGCUGAAGGAGAAGCGAGAGAAAGGAGGAAGGAGUGGGACAGGCAAAACACAGGUGAGAGACAUUUAGGGAACAAAUUACAGGAAAAAAGGAUAUAAUAGGAGGGAGGAAAAGGGAUAACAGUGAAAACCAAAGGAGAGGAGAAAAGAGGGCAGGGUAGCAGGUGAGAGAUUAUGAACAAGCGCUCAGGUGCGAGACAGACAGAUGCAGCAGAGUUAUACUGGGCAAAGCUGACUGGUAAGUGGGAAAAAGAGUUGGCUAAAAAGCGAGUGCAGAUGUCAGGCACAGAGAGAGAGGGUGAGAGAGAGUCUUAAAAAAAUAAAUAUAGGUAUAAAAGGGAAGGGACAGGCUGAAGUACUAUGAGAUGAAAGGAACACCAGUGAGAAUGCAGAAAUCCAAAUAAAAGUACUCAGAGACAGAUCAAAAGCAACAGACAGGAGUCAGGAGAGUAAGGGGAAAGAGGUAAGAGAACAAUCAGGAGAGAGAGCAAAAGCAUAAACAGUAAAAGAGUGAGAGAGAUUACAGAGUGAGAAAAAAAAAAUCUACUGACGGAGAGAGACAGAGCGGUGUUGACAGACAGAAAUUAAUCAAUAGGCAGACAGGAAGAGAGGCAGGAGAGAAAAGAGGCAGUGAAAGAGAGACUGUUUAUAAAAGAGAGGGAAAAGGAGAGAGAGAGAGUGAGAGGCAGCGAGUGAGAAGAGAGAGAUAGAGGAGGAGAGGGGGGAGGAAGGGGGGCAUCCAUUUUUGUGGCGGGGAUUUGAGCUGCUUUUGUGUAACUCUCCCUGAGAGAUCGCAUGCUUGAUGAAAGGCCCUUAGAAAAUGCAAAUUGCAGCACGCAUGAAAAGCACAAAGAGGCAUCUCGCUGUCCCUGCCAUGGGUUUAAUUCUUCACCAACCACGUAGCGCUGACGUCGGGAGCAGAUAAUCUCUUCUCUGCCCGGGAGUGUGAGUAUAACACACAGACUUUCCUGCUCGGGGAACACUAUUUUAUCCAUUUAUUGUACAGGAUUCAUGGCUCUGAUCUAUCUAUAGGGUGUUGGGUGUGCGGAUGGGACAGGGAGUGGGGAAGGAAUGUAUAUUUUUUAAUGGGUGUGAUGUUGUUUGUUUGUUUAAUGGGAAAAGAAGGGAGGAAAAAAAUGAAAUAUUGGUAAAAAAACUUAGCAGGUGCAAGUGAGGAGGGGGAGAGAGGGAGGGUGGAAAGAGUAACAGAAAUAGAGAGGGAGAGGGAAAGGAGAGAGAGAGAGAAAGAGAGAAAGAAACAGAGAGAGAGAGGGGAAGGAAGAAAAAAGGAGAGAGGGAAACGGAGAGAGGGGGCGGAGAAACGGAUGGGGAGAGAAGGAGAGAAACAGAAAGAGGAACGGGAGACGGGAGUAAGGAAGAGAAGAAGAACGAGAAAAGACGGAGGGAGAGGGAUACAUAGAAACACAGUAUAGAACCGGGGUGGGAGAAAAGAGACAAGUGUCAACAUGCAGAAUUAGAAAUAGUGUAGUUAAGAAAGAAAGAUCCUCUAAACCAGGGAAAGAAACAUUAUGGAACAACAGGGAGACAGAGCAGUCAGCACCCACUGCUGGAAAAAUCCAGUUGGACACCUCAGAGAUGGACUCUGCCCCACCAAUUUUUGCUCAGGCACCCCCACCAUCUCAACAAUCCCCUUCCAUAUCUCAUCUUAACCCAUCAUCUUCUCCACAACCUAUACCCCAGGAGGCAAGUCAAUCCCCUGCCUCCCCUCAACCUGCUUUUCCUCCUCCCCCUCUGUCACCAAUCCAUGUCUCUUCCCCACCUGAUCCUUGUUCCCCUACUUCUACCAUUCCUCAGGUUAACUGUCUCUCUCUUCCCACUAAUGGGUCACCUUCCAUACCCUCUGCUGUAGCUCAAACCAGCCCUCUGACUGCCUCUCUUCCCCUCUCCUCUCCUCCAAUCUGCCAUGUUCCAGUCUCAUUGUGCCACUCUCCAGAGGAUCUUUCCCCCGAAACUGUUACAGUCUAUCCCACAGCGGUUACUCCGUGUCCUUCUUCCAUAUCUCUUUCUCCACCACCACCCUCUAUUUCCUCACCUCCAGCCUCACCUUUGCCCCCACAAUCUUCACCAUACCCGCCAGCUGACUCUCCAGCUCCAUCAACACCUUCAGAAUCUAUUUCACCCUCUGAUCCAGCCAUCUCCUCCCCACAAAAUCCUGAGACAUCUCCUUUCUUUUCUCUCCCUCCAACUUCCCCCUCUCCUCCUCCAUCUUCCUUAUCUCCAUCUCAGGCUUCUCCAUCUCCACCUCCACCCUCCCCGCCUAACCCAGCAUCCCUUCUUGGCCUUUCUUUUGCUGAUGAAGAAUUGGAUCUUCAACGUCAUUCCAAUGGUUUUUCUGAUGGCACGAGCUCCAAAUCCAGGCAGUUCCCCUGCACAAUUUGUGGAAAGCAGUUUAGAUUUAUCAGUAUCCUGUCUCUACACGCAAGUACCCACAGAGUGCGAGGGCCACUUGCAAAAGGGCGUGGAGAAAACAAAACUAUCUUUGGGUCAAAUUCCGAGAGGCCCUUGGUACUAGGGAAUCAUCAUCAAAAGGAACCAACUUCUCCAGUUACUACAGAUCCUGUAUCAGAAGACACACAUGAGCCAGUCCCUCUGUUGUCUAUCCCUCCUCCACUUCCACCACUCCGUCACCCUUGUCCUUUUUGCAAGGGUAAAUUUCGUAAGGCAGCUGAGCUUGAAAGGCACCUUCGCAUACUUCACCGCCCUUAUAAAUGCCACCUAUGUGACUUUGCAGCUUCACAAGAAGGGGAGCUAGUUGUACAUGUUGAAAGGAGACAUGCUGUUCCACAGCGGCCUAAAAUUGCUCCACCUCUGCCUCCCCCAGUACCAAUUCCAGCCACACCCACUGCUGAGUUCAAAUGCGAGAUCUGCUCCCAAAGUUUCACCCAGUCCUGGUUCUUGAAAGGCCACAUGCGCAAGCAUAAGGACUCUUUUGAUCAUCGAUGCUCAGUGUGUGGACGAUGCUUCAAGGAGUCUUGGUUUUUGAAGAAUCAUAUGAAGGUUCAUUUAGGGAAGAUAAAAACUCCAGGAGGGCAGGAGACUGCAGGUCAUCCAUCAGCCCAAUCUUCUCAUACCACCACAUCAAAUUCUCCAUCCUCCUCCUCCAGACUGCUUGGAUAUCAAAGCUUUUAUUCUGGCCUUUUAAUGAGGCUGCCUCCAGCUGGAGAUGCCACCUGUUCCCAGAUGCUUCAAGCUACAGCCAGAGCAGUGCAAGGGGGAGAGGUAGACCAUGAUGUGACAGGUUCUGCUGGAAGAGGGUCUAUGGGAGAAGGAUCUGCUGCUAAGGUUAUGCUUCCCCAGGGCUCUGGUGGCAUUGUACUGAAGAGUGUUGGAUACACAGAUAAAAAUGGAUGGAGUGUCAGCACACAGGCAGAGCGACCCCGUGGAGCAACUGGCAGAGAUUGUCCUUUCUGCGCCAAGUCUUUUCGUUCUUCCCACCACCUAAAGGUGCACCUUCGAGUACACACAGGAGAACGUCCAUAUAAAUGCCCUCACUGUUCUUAUGCUGGAACUCAGUCUGGCUCCUUAAAAUAUCAUCUCCAGCGUCAUCACCGGGACUCCAAACUCUCUGCUGCUGCACCUUUGAGGGGUAAGAAUGUUCAACCAAGUGCUUCGCAGCAAGAGAGACUCCUGCCCUCAGUCCCUACUGGCUGGGGGACCUCUUGUGCAGAUCUACCACCUCCAUGUGAGGAUGGAGCUUCACUGCCACUUCGUCUACAUUUGGCUGAAGGUCAUGGUCCCAAUGUAUUUCCUCGUGUGGCUGGAAGAGGGGGCCAAAGAAGAAGAAGUCCUUCGCACCAACCAGCUAAUGGGAGGCCAGAUCACGAGCCACUUGAUUUGUCCCAAGGAAAUCCUUUCCACCGUUGCAUGUACUGUCCUUUUGUCACAUCUGUCGGUGAACUGAUGAGUCUGCAUCUUCAAGUUCAUCAUGGAAGGCGAUCUCGCAGAAAGGGAGGGUAUAUCAGAGGCAGGCCAAGGCCUGUGCUAUCACCUCAAUCACAAGGUCCCAGUCUGAGAGAUAGUCCUGGACAGUGUGAUAGUACAGAGUGACCUAAUGUACUACAGGGCAGUUGGUAUCUGAAGUGCCCAGAGACUGCCCAAUUUCCAUGUUCCACAUGAACAUAGCCUGGGGUAAGAUGAAAGUUUAUAAAGGGAAAAGAGGGUGAAGAAACUAGUAAAGUUAAGGCAGCUAGUGAAGGGGGGAAACUAGGAAUGGGGGGAGAAGGUGAGAUUGCUAGGAUAUCAACUGGUAGUGUAAACCGGUUAAGAAACAUAGAAAGCAAUGUAUAUGAAAAGAAAGUAAGAUAAUCGAACUGGACAUGAGCAGGUACAAGGGCUGAUGUGGAAAAGAGACAGUCAGUCAGAGUCAAUGAUAUCCUUUCCCUGGGAGACAUCGAGUGGCAGACAGGACAUUAGUAAUUCCAGACAUUGAAUUCUUAAAGGUCAGACAGCUAAUGAUGGUAUUAGAUAAAGAUUGAGUAAUAAUUGGGAGUUUGUGAAAGAGAAAAAGAUCAUAGAGUUUGAAAGACUAAACAGUAUGAAAGUGUUUAGAGACAGGAUCAGAGAAAUCACUAUUCAGAUUGAUUGCAACAUAUCAGAGUUAAGAAAUAAGUACUGAUAGAAGUAGGAUCACAGACUGUUAAGUGUUAGAAUGGGAGACAAUAGAGAUAGACUUAAAGAGAAAGCUAGUGAUAAGGUAGACAAGUUAGUGACCAUGAUUAUUUUGCCCCAGAGACAUUCCUUAUGGUUUCUGGUUGAGACUGAGACUUUAUUUUUGAUAUUAUGAUUCAGACCCUCAUUCAGAUCCAUCUACAUGUAGAUGUCCCUAUUACACCCUCACCCCUGGUCCCAAUUCCCUACCAAUUUAGGUUUCAACACAGAAAAAAUACAUUUUCCUGUUUAGAGAUUUAUAUAUUUUUUUUUAUUCUUUUCUUGUAGAAAAAAAAAAGAGAUCUGGAAAAAAUGAAAAAAAAAAGUAAAUGAAAUAAAAUUUGUCUUAAAGUAACAAAAA